GUGACCCACGUGUGAUUCACAUCGAUUCUCUCCAUCAUCACCCGUGGGUCACCAAGAAAAAAACAGUGUGCUUUUAAUUAUAUAUGCAAAAACUCUUUGACCUUUAUCUUAUCCAAUGAAAUCUCCCUUUACAUAUAUCGAUGCUCUUCUGUAUUGGGAGAUACGUUAGUCGAUACACAUGGGAGGUCAAUGGCGGAAAAAGGUACCGAGAAAAUAUGCGGCUUAUGUAGAAAUACAAUUAAAGAUAAAAAAUCGUAUAGAUUAGUGUCAACACAUGAAGAUUUCUCAAGGAUAUUCAAAGAACUCAGUUUAAAUGUUAAAAAUUAUGUUUGCAAAUUUUGUGUAAAUAAACUUAAUAGACUCGCGAGGAUCGACGACGAUAUCAAAACAAGAUUGACAAAACUGUACGAGAAGAGAAACGAACUAUUUUCAGAAAUAAAGGAAACUGUUAUUAGUAAAGCGCAUUUACGUACACCUGUUAGCAACAAACGAGAAAGGCAAAAGAACACACCAACACCACGGAAGCCAAAGAUCAGACGAUUGUUGCCAUUCAAUUCCCCUGAGGUUAGGACUGCACUAAUUGAUAAACCUCUUGCAGAGCGGUCUAUUUUACCGCAAGAAAAAGAGCCGUGGAUCAAACGUUUGGAUCAAUCUAGCACAAAUGAUGCCUCUACGCAAACAAAGACUUACCAUGAGAAAGACUUUGAUGUCAAAAUCAUGGCAAAGUAUGGAAGUAGUCAUAGAUCAUCAAUAAUUUCUGAUCCCACCCAGCAAGCAAUAUGUAAAGCUAUGCUUAAUGGUAGGACGAGUUUUGUACACCAUAUGAUGAAGUCAGACCAGUACAAACAAGCUGUGUUGCAAGAAGUGUGUAAGCACAUACACAAAGAAAUAUGUGAAAUUUGCAGAAAAGAAGAAAAUCAACUUCACUAUCAUACAGAAAUUGCAGACUGGGAGAGUCUUUUGCAUUAUUUAAAGGGAAAAGCCCCUGUCACUGUUAGGCUCUUACAAAGUGUUUUAUUGAAAGAUGCAUCAGAACAAGAAGUGAAAGGUCAUAAGGUUAUAAGCCUUUGCACAGGAUUUUCAGUCUUUUUGUAUAGCAGAAACCACACUCUAUCAAGACUGCAAUACACAAUUGGACUGCUGUUGGAUCAAUGUGGAGCCACAAAAGAGGCUAUAUCUAUAUUGCAUGACCUAGGAUUCUCGGUUUCACCAAGUGCAUUGCAUAGGAAAAAAAGAGACAUAGUUCUGAAACAAGAGGAGAGAAUUGACAAUACAGUUGCAAGAUAUGUGUCCGAGAGGCGAGAAAUUAUGACUUGUGAGAAAAUCAUAAAGGACUAUGAAGACACAACCUAUCAGCUGACUGAAAAAGUGGAAGGUCCAAUUCGAAGUCCUAGAAUACCAGUAUGCAACAUGCACUGUACUUUGUUAUCAAAUGGGUGUGGUGCACAACUGAAUGCUUUUACAACUUUAGAGCUUUGGGAUUGCUCCAGAACAGCUUUUUCAAGUACAAAGCUUUCAAGUGAAGUUACUUUUUCAAUGAAUUACAGAAACAUGCACACUUCUAGUGCCAUGCAAAAACCAGAGACUGUAGUUUUUGAUACAAGAGUGAACAAGGUGUCCAACACAGAGACACUUAACUCAUCAGGAAAUCAAGAAAACAUAGUGGCAUAUUUAAAGAAGAAGAUGUUAAGAAGAAAAGACAAUCCAUGCAUACCCAUUGAAAUUCUGGGGGACAAUGUCGACAUUCUCAUUACUCCUGCAAAUAUGACUUCAGACAGACAAAGGAAAUCAUGGCAUUGGUUUCUACUUCUGGCUACCCAGAAGAGAAUAAUUGAUCAGGAGCUCCCUACAAAUAAGCCUGUAGCCGACAUAGAAACAAUCAGUAGUUGUGUGUUUUUUCCAUCUAAAGUGGAAAUUCUUGAUUUUCAAAGAAAUCUUCAAUUUCAUGUUGCCAGAAUCUUGUCAAAUUUUAUUGGAGAACUCAAAUCAUUCGAAAAACUUCUUCCAAACUAUAUACUACACCCACAAAUUGAAAAAACAUCCCAGAAAUCUGUGUUUAUAAACUGUGACUUAAUUGACGAGAGUGAAAAUUCUUCCGAUGGAAUGAUUAGAAUAAUGCAGAGAGUUCACUCUCUAGCUGUGCCAUUCAUUGACGGAACCGUAGAAAAAGUAGUUCUAGGAGGUGAUGUUUUGACUAACGAACGUGCCAUGAGUGCACAACAAGCGAUGAGAAACAAUGAGUCAAGCUAUGAAAAGCUUCUUGGUGUAAUACAUAGACCUGAGGGACUGCACAGACAGAUGAAUUUUCUGAUGGUAUCAUGGGUUGUAGUUGGUUAUCUUUAGAUGUUUCACCAUUGAAGUUUGAAGGUUACAGUUUUUGGUUUACUAAUUUCUUGGAGUGUAUAUCAAGAGUUUUACAAAGAAGAAAGCAGCAGCGAUGGGGGCAGUCUCUAUCAACUUAGAAACCUAAUCAACAGGAGAAAUGUAUCAGGAGCAGAGCAGGUCACUAAAGAUUUCAGG